GCGCAUCUUCCUGCCUCCCCUCCUCCAUUGAACGCAGCACGCCUUCUGAUUGGUGGAAACUAGCAGGAAGAGAGGAAGAGGACUCAAAUCUUGAGAGCUGUCAAACUGGGCUACUCGCUAACCUUCCAUCACACGAGCUCACAUUUAGCAAUCACCCGCCUGUUGCUUUGUAGGAACGUUUGGGGUUUCGGUGAAGCCCGGCUAAAUCUGAGACCGUUGCUUCUGCUGCCUUUUAGGAGGAGUCACUUUCCCCGAAGUUCCCGGAAAUACAGCGUAGAGGACAUUGGUGUGAGGAUGGCUGCCUACAAGAUUGUCCUGAUCCGCCAUGGAGAGAGCUGCUGGAAUCAGGAGAACCGCUUCUGCGGCUGGUUCGACGCGGACCUGAGCGAGACCGGGGAGCAGGAGGCAAAGAGGGGAGGACAGGCCUUGAAAGAUGCUGGCUAUGAGUUUGACAUUUGCUACACAUCUGUCCUAAAGAGGGCCAUCCGCACUCUGUGGUUUGUCCUGGAUAGCAUCGACCAGAUGUGGCUGCCCGUCCACCGGACCUGGCGCCUCAACGAGCGUCACUAUGGUGGUCUGACUGGGCUGAAUAAGGCUGAAACGGCAGCCAAACACGGGGAAGCCCAGGUCAAGAUCUGGAGGCGUUCUUUUGACAUUCCUCCCCCACCUAUGGAUGAGGGACAUGACUAUUAUCAGACCAUAAGCAAGGACCGACGUUAUGCUGACCUGACAGAGGACCAGCUCCCUAGCUGUGAGAGUCUUAAGGACACCAUUGCUCGGGCACUUCCUUUCUGGAACGAGGAGAUCGUGCCACAGAUCAAAGAAGGAAAGAGGGUGCUGAUUGCUGCCCAUGGCAACAGUCUCCGUGGCAUUGUCAAGCACCUGGAGGGUAUGUCAGAGGAGGCCAUCAUGGAGCUGAACCUGCCAACAGGCAUCCCCAUCGUGUAUGAGCUGGACAAGAACCUGAAGCCUAUUGGACCCAUGCAGUUCCUGGGAGAUGAGGAGACUGUAAAGAAAGCCAUGGAAGCUGUAGCUGCUCAGGGCAAAGCCAAGAAAUAGACUUGUCCUUCCUUUGGGAGUAAAGAUCAAUCAUCUGCUUUUUUUUUCUUCUUUUUUUUCUUUCCCCAUCCAGUUUUGAAAGGGUCAUUUACUGUUUAUGUCAUCGCAGACUUGAGCACAGGUAGACACACAAUGUGCAUUUUAUCUUAAUACCACCCAUUUUUCACAAAAAUGUACAAUCUGAUGUUUAAUUUGACUGCUCUUUACUUUGUUACAUACUGAAACACACAUUUCAUUAUUAGACUGUGGAUAUAAGUUGUAAUGUGGUUUAAGCACUGACCAAAUAUAAAUUAGGGACCAGCAAACGCACUACCCCAGCAGAGUUCAAAGUAUUCUUUCCAAUUUACAAUCCAUGUAGAUGAAGCACAGCGGAAAAACCUACAGUUACACUGGCUAUGUUAAAGUGUGAGCAGACUUGCUCUAGACUGCUGAAUAUUGUUUGCUGUGGCAUUGUGCUUAAAAAUUAAUAAAUGUUGUGAGUCAUUAUGCAGUGUA